CUCCAAUCCUUGUCCACGCAGCCCACCAACUUUUCCAGUCAUCCUACAAUAAGAUCGUCACCAGUGGCCUACUCCCAGCAGACUCUCCCCUCAAAUCCACCCACACCCCCACUGCAAUCGCGCAUCCUCCCCCCGGAAACCUCCCACCAUGACGGACGUCGGCAAAACUCCUUUCAUAAAGGAGCUCGCAUCCAGCGACAAAAAACUCCGCGACAAAGCCACGAACUCCCUCACGCUGUUCCUGCGCGCCAAAACCGACCUCUCCAACCUCGACCUCCUCAAACUCUGGAAGGGACUUUUCUUCUGCUUCUACCACUCCGACCGCCCGCUCACGCAACAAGCCCUGGCGCGGACGCUCUCCUACAACCUCGUGCCGACGCUGCCGCGCCCCACGCUCCACAAGUUCCUGCGCGCCUUCUGGCUGACCAUCGGGCGGGACUUCCACUCGAUCGACCGCCUCCGGCUGGACAAGUACCUGUUCCUGAUCCGGUGUUACGUCGGGGUGGCGUUUGAGGUGUUUCUGAAGGGGAAUGGCACCAGCACCCAAUCCUCCGGGAACGAUGCCACUGCGGACGGGAAGAAGCGCAAGCGGGAGGAGGAAAGCACCAACAGCAGCAGCAACAAAAAGGGGGGUAAGAAGCGGAAGGGCAAGGGCCAACAGCAGCAGCAGCAGCAACCACAAGAAGAAGAGGAACAGCAACGAGACGGGGAGGUUGAUUUGGCAGCGCUGGAGUCCUACCUCGCCAUCUUGGAGGAGGGGCCGCUCUGCCCCCUCAAUUUCGACCCGGAUCAGCCCCCGGCCAACGAGGCGGAGGAUUUCAUCCCCAUGCCGCAUGGGCCGGAUGGGUUGCGGUACCAUGUGAUGGAUAUCUGGGUUGAUGAGUUGGAGAAGGUGCUGGAGUUUGAGGAGGUUACGACGGCGGGGGAGGAGGGGACGACGAUCAGAAAACCAAAGGGUCUGCAGGUGCCGCCGGAGUUGUUGUUGCGGCCGCUCGAGAGGUUGAGGAAGGAGAGUCCGUACAAGCCGGUGCGGGUGCGGGCGGCGGAGGUGUUGGAGGAUGAUCGGUUGGUUGAAUGGGGGUGGAAGGAGCGGAAGGUCGAAAGUGAUAGUGAUGAUGAGGAAGAGGAUGAUGAAGAGGAGGAUGAGGAUGCGGAAUGGGGUGGGUUUGGGGAUGAUUAG